GUCUUUUAAUGACACUUAUCGAUUUUUCCGUUAUCAAAAAUAAUUGCAAACAUGCACAGGUUUGUCAGACCUCUUAUGCUUCGUGAUUCUAAACAGCGGUUAUUGCCUACAGCGGGUCAACUUUGUACAAAAAACAAAUAGCAGAAAGAACUUGGCAUGUUUAACGUACGAUGCAUGUUAUAUUGUGCGAUGCUUGGCAAAUGUGUGAUGUUUAUCAUGCUGUUGUAUUCAGUGCAAGGGGAUAUGUUGUGCUGCCUCCCACUAACGAUGAAGAAGAAAAAGCCAUGCUUCACAGGAUGAUGAGAGUGGAUCAUGCAGGAGAAUAUGGUGCCAACCGAAUCUAUGCUGGUCAGAUGGCUGUUCUUGGCCGUACACAAAUCAGUCCGCUCAUUCAGGAAAUGUGGGAUCAAGAGAAGCAGCACCUGUGUAAGUUUAAUGAGAUACUGGCUGAGAACAGAGUGCGUCCAACCAUUCUACUUCCGCUUUGGCACAUCGCUGGAUUUGCUCUUGGCGCUGGCUCCGCUCUUUUGGGAAAGGAAGGUGCGAUGGCCUGCACUGUGGCUGUUGAGGAGAGUAUCUCAGAGCACUACAACAGUCAGAUCAGAACUCUAAUGGAGAAAGAUCCUGAGAAGUACACCGAACUGCUGCAGCUGAUUAAAGAACUUCGUGAUGAUGAAAUGGAGCACCUUGACACUGGACUGGAGCAUGAUGCUGAAUCAGUGCCUGGAUAUCAGCUGAUGAAAGCAAUCAUACAGGCAGGCUGCAAAGCUGCAAUCUGUGUCUCUGAACAUCUCUAAAUAUUUUCGUUUACUAAGUAUUUUAGGUUAUCCUGAUAUCUUGUAAAUAUGAAUGCUACUUUUGCUAUCUUUGAAGUGUUACAAAUAUUUUUUGCUACACCAGCUUAAUUUGCAGAUGGAGCCAUUUUGGGCUUAUUUCUCUAAUAUGUGUAAAUACUUUGGUUCUAUCAAAACAUUGCUCUGUUUGUUUGAGCAUCCCAUCCAUUAUCUCUUUGUGUGACCAGUAGGUAAAAAUUCAGAAAGAAUGUUUUCCAAAAAUACAAUUGUUGCCAUUUCAAUGCAAUGGCACUAGUGUUGUAGAAAUGACAUAUUUUAUCUGUAAUGACGUGUUCCUCAAAGCAGUAUACAGUGGUAUGCAAAGGUUUGGGCACCCUUUUGCAGAAUCUGUUAACAAAAGUCUUAACAAAGUAAGAAAGAUUAUACAAAAUGCAUGGUUUUUUUUUUAUUUAGUAUUUUCCUAAGUAAAAUACUUCACACUAAAGAUGUUUACAUUUAGUCCACAAGACAAAAAAAAAUAUUAAAAUGACCCCCUUAAAAGUUUGGGAACCUUUGGUUGUUAAUACUGUGUGUGUUAGCCUGGAUGAUGUAACUGUUUUUAGCACUGUUCUUCAGAAAAAUCCUCCAUGUCCUGCAGAUUCUUCAGUUUUCAGCCUGGGGUGAAAACUUUUGAACAGGAUGAAUAUGUUCAAAGUUUUCUUUUUUUGUUGCUUUAUUUUUUUUUUCUCCACAUAGUACUACCCUUUGGAAGCAACAGAAGAAACUUACUUGCAUGUUUCCAGAAGACAAAUUAAGUACAAUUUGCCUUGAUCUUCAAAGUUUUCACCCCCGGCUCUUCAUGCAUCUUGUUUUCUUCUGGAGCAUCAGUGAACGUUUGAACCUUGAGUCCCUAAACUUUCCUCAGUGUGAAAAGAUUGAUCUCAAAAUCAUACAGUCACUGUUGGAAAGGGUUAAAAUAUGCAAAAAAAACUGAAGAAUCUGCAGAACAUAGAGGAUUUUUCUGAAGAACAGUUUAACUGUUCAGAAUAAAACAAGAGAUUUAUGUCACAAAACAAAAAAACAAUCGUAGGUCAUCCAAGUUAACACAAUCAGUAUUAACAACCAAGGGUUCCCAAACUUAAUUUUUUCCUUUUUUUUGUCUUGUGGACUAUAUGUAUUUUACAUUUACAUUUUACAUAAAUAACUUACUCAGGAUAGUACUCAAUAAAAAUAAAAAAAAAUUCACAAAAGUGCCCAAACUUUUGCAUUCCACUGUAAAUAUUUUUUAAAUCUAUGUAUUGUAAUUUUACACAUGGCCAAAGUUUUUGUCUCAUUCUGAGGUAUAUAAAAUAAUAAUAUACUGUAACUUUUUAUCAUUCACAGUUGUGUUGCUAUUAAAGUCAUGUAUUUUUA